AUGUUCGUGACGCCAAUGAUCAGCGUCCAUUUCACAAGAAAGUGCGAUCCCAAUCGCAUUCACAACCAACUUCAGAACCACGACAGCGGCUUCCACCGCCACCAUCUCCUCCUCAGCAGCGUCCACGUCAACCGCCACCACGACCGCGGCGCCCAUCGCAAGAAGCUUUACAAUCGAAAGAGCCUUUGCGCGGACGACCCCGACGCUGUCGCCGCGAUGAUGCAAUACUGCUACCAGCUCAAUUACACCGACCCAUCAACAGAUUCGAACUCGGUCAUUGACGAAGUAGCCGACCUCCGGCCACAUGUCGACAUCUUUAUGCUUGCCGAACGAUAUGGCGUCGCUGGCUUGAAACAACUGGCGCUCGAAAAGUUCGAGGCGCUUGCAACAACAGUGCUGUCGAUGAGCGGCAACGAGAGGAUUCUGCUUAGAGCUGUCCGCGCUAUCUACGAGCCGUCGCGGAGAGCCAAUGCAGACGAAUUGCGACGCGUGGUUAUUGCAAUAUGCGCCAAUCAUGUCCAGGGCUUCAUCUCGGGAAGUAACACUACUAUGGCUUUGGUGUUUGAGUCGAUGGAUGAGUUGCCUGAGUUCAGAGCGGACCUGUUUGAAGAGAUGGCAUUGCGGUGGAAGUAA